AUGUCAAGUCAGUCUGAAGAAGCUCUUAAGGAAGAGAUUGCACGUUUAUCAGGAGCAAUCCAACGUCAUAAGACAGGCAAUCCCAGCGCUUCCUCGAGUCGAGGCAAUGCCUAUGUGAACCCGAAUUACAAGCCACCAUCAAGAUCUGCAUUCACAUUCCGCCCAAAUUUUGCAAGCCAAAAUUCCACAGCUCCUGCAACACAAGUUCCUGUCCAACCACGGGAAGUGCUUAUUAAUGGAGUAGCAUUUCAAUCCUCAAAUCGUAGCCUCGUCAGAAAAGAUCUUGUCAAGCCACCUUCAGCUCCUAAACCACCCUCCAGACAGGGACGGCCACCUCGUCAAGCUUAUGCAAGGAAGUACCCCGGAAGUCGCGCUCCGCAGCGCCCGUAUAAGUCAAAAGCUUCACGCCGAUUCCCGCAGAACAACAACAUGACAUUGGAGAAUGGAAGGAAGCCUGUUCGAGUGGGACGAAAGACCAAGUCCAUGAAGUAUAUCGACAAACAGUGUCCUCGGUUUUCUACUACUGGCGUAUGUACGAAGGGCCGGACGUGUUCAUACAAACACGAUCCGUCCAAGAUCGCUGUCUGUUGGCCUUUCUUGUCUGGAAGCUGUCCCAACACCACCGAAUCCUGCCCACUGUCUCAUGACCCAAUUCCAGAACGGACACCACUCUGCGUCCAUUUUGCAAAUAAUGGACGAUGCAAGAAUGGCGCUGACUGCCUCUUCCCCCAUGUACGCGUUGGUCCUCGAUCAGGCGUUUGCCGCGAUUUCGCGGUACUCGGUUAUUGUGACAAGGGUAUCGACUGUGAACAUCAACAUGUUAGGGAAUGUCCUGACUUUGCGGAGAAGGGCGAAUGUCCUAAUCCGCGCUGCAAGCUGCCACAUGUUAUUCGAGCGAAUAGGCGAAGGGCGGAUGCUGCAGUAACUGUAGCUCCUUCCGUCCCAGUAGAAAAGGUUUCCGAGCAAUCGGAAACUGUUUAUGGGGAUAAUGCUAACAUUGGAGAUGAGUACAUUUCCUUAACUUUUCAUGAAAGUGAAGAGAGCGAAGGGAACCAUGAUGAUGAUGAUGACUCGGAGGAAGGUGAAUCAGGCGAAGACGAAGAUGCCGAUGCCGAUGCCGACGGCGAUGAGGAUGAAGAGAAUGAGAAUGAUGCUGGCGAUGAAGAGGACGUCGUGCAGGUGCACGUCUGA